GUAGACUUAUGAGAGGUCAGUUUCAGAAAAAAAAAGUAGAACGUAGAGGGAUUCCUUUUGUGCGUCAUUCAGCACGGUCCGAUCACGUGCUGGACUCGCGAUCGCCAGCCAGUACCCAGCUCCUCGCAAGUGGUCGGAGCUGUAUAUCAGGAUUAAAAGAGGUGUAUAAUAGGGAUAGAUCUUUUGGUAUGGCUGGAAACUCAAAUCACGCUCACACACACCCGGAAGGCGGGACACAGCCACGACCCGGACUGACACCCGGUACCAUCAGUUUCUUCUCUCUGUUUUCCUUUUGUUAUUCUCAUUUUUCUCCUUAUUACAGUUGCUCCUUUCUUGUAUUCAUAAUUCGCCCGCCUUCACACGAAAACUCCCGUAUUCACCGUCUUCGCAGUGAUCAUUUCGCCUUCCAUCACCGACGUUUGGUCCUCACACAGGCCUGCUCAGCACCAUAUAAGGAGACUAUAAUAUAGAGUCUUCUUGGGUAGCACUGAGAAGUGGUGGGCGGUGGACGACAGCGGAGGCAUCCGGUUACUCCCAUUUGAAACAAUGCUUGACAGCGAGUGGCGGCGCCCGUGAGUGGCAGACACUAUAUUAAGAACCAGCCGCCCUCGAAGCGGGUUUCCGUGGCCAACCACAGUGGCUUCGUAUGAAAGGCUCCGUUGAGGACUGUAGGAGGCAACUAUAACACCAUGCAGCGGUGACGGCAACUAUGCAGCUGCCUCGGGUGGAAGCCUACCUGACCUGGCCGCGGCACCUCCUGUACCAACUAGAUCUAGACUCAGGCCUAUGCAAUGUCAACUCCAAUCUCCCCAAAACCGUUUUCCCAAAACCGAGGUGACGUGCUGAAUCUUGACCCUAUACUGGUAUGCUCUUGACUCUGUCAAGACAUCCAACAGACAACACAGCCACAUGGCUGGCACCAAGGAGCUCACCGAGCACUGCGAACACAAACUUGCCGCCUUCUCCCUCGCCGACCACACGGCAAAGACCGGCAGCAUGGCCCUCCCCGUGAUCAAGAAGAAGCAGCUCAAGAUGGGCACCGUGCUGGGCGUGGGCAAGUACGGCACGGUGUACCGGGGGCGCCUGACGCUCCCCCGGGGCGGGGCGGUGCCCGUGGCCGUCAAGAAGCCGGAGAACGACCCCGAGCUGCUGGCCAAGACCUCCGAGGAAGCGGGUGUGCUGCAGGAGCUGGAGGGCGAGGCGGCCGUGCCCCGGCUGUACGGGCUGACGGCCGACUCUCCCCCGUGCAUGGUGAUGGAGCUGUGCCCGGGGGAGCGGCUGGAGGACUGCCUGGGCCGCGGCAGGGUGCGCGCCUGCCUGCUGGCCCUCGUGGAGGUGUGCGGCGUGGUGCAGCGCCUGCACGGGCGGGGCAUCGCCCACGGCGACAUCCACGAGGGCAACGUGCUGGUGGACGCGUCCGGCGAGGGGGUGCGCGCCUUCCUGUUGGACUUUGGUCUGGCGGCGCGGGGCGCGGACCCCGGCCAGCAGGAGAAUGACGUCAUCGACAUAGCGUGCACGGCCCUGCAGGUCAUCCCUGACACGGAGCGUUUCUCUGACCUCCGACAGAGCCUUGAAGAUGCCGCUGACCUCAACGAGGUCAUUACCCUCCUGCGACAAGUUCUGGAGGAGGAUGAAUUCAAAGAAAAGGCCUCGAAACCCUCCAAGGAAGAAGUGAAAAAUGAGUCCAAGAAGCAAAAGAAGAAAAAGAACAAGAAAGGACCGUUUUACAAGCACUAAGAUCCUUGCCUGUUGUUCUGUUUUGCUCCUCUUGAAGGUUUAGUUUUUUUGUCUUGCUUGUUGUCACUAGCGGUAUUGGUGGCUAAUGAAGUUGACAUGAAGUAGAGGCUUUGAUGAGGUGUGCUCUUAUUUUUGUUUGGUUCAGUUGAUGCUGCGUUGCUCUUUCUCGUUUCAUUGAUGUAUUUACCUAUUCUGGUUCUUUUUGUUGUUAGUCCCAAAGCUAAACUUUUUUUUCUGCAUAUCCGAUUUGUGUUCCAGCGUUUUGUUUUGUUUUACGUGUUUUUUUACGUUUCGCCUAUUCCGCCGCCAGGCUUUCUUGGUGGGGUCUGAUGAUCGGCCCCAGCCCGUUAUGGCGCAGGCAAAUGUUUACAGUGGCGCCAUCUUGCUUGGCUCAUACUGACCCGGACCUCAUCUUUGAUCCUCAGAGAGAGAAUCUAGAGUCCGGGUUGACAGAUGGUCUUCAGGGCAGCAGCAUCCAUGUUGCUCUUCUUUCUGAUCGUGAUUUUUUCUCGUUUUUUACCUUCCAACUCUUUUCUCUAUUUCCCUUAUGAUUCUAUUCUCCAUUAACUGUCUUGACUUUUCUAAGUAGUUGAUAAUAUGCGUUACGUCAUCAGCACAGUGUAUUGUUAAUUGUGCCGUGAGACUUUUCCCGCCUCUUCCUCUUUCCUCUUACAUCUCCUUCCCAAACCAUCUCCCUUUCUCUCCCCUUCGUCACCAAGCCUUCUUUUCC